GGUCCUCCUCUCCCCUCAGGCAUCGCUGCAGGUCCUGGAGGAGUCCGAGUGCCAGCUGUGGUGGGCCGCCAAGGAGAUGCAGCGAGGCAAGAAGCUGCAGGACUACAUCGGCAAGAACGACAAGACCAAGCUGGUGGUCAAAAUCCAGAAGAAAGGACAGGGGGCGCCGGCGAGGGAGCCUCUGGUCACCAAUGAGCAGCACAAGCAGAUGAUGCUGCAUUACUACAGGAGGCAGGAGGAGCUCAAGAAAUUAGAAGAGGCGGACGACGACAGCUACAUGGACUCGGAGUGGUCCGACCGGCAGGCCCUCAAAAGACAAUUUCAAGGCCUGACCAACAUUAAAUGGGGACCCAGGUAACGGUUGUCCACUUGCGCCAAUGUUUCAUGACGUCUUCCCGCCCAUCUCCCCGGCAACGAAAAACCCAACGCCGCACUGCAUGGCGUCUCCCCCCGGUCCCGUUUAAUAAACUGCUUUUAUUUGCUCAUCUGC